ACUGGGUACUACUCGCAAUAUUCAUCAUCGGCAUCGUCAUCGUCGUAGGCGGCAUAUUGGCACAGCAUGUGUACUCGUCGUUGUGCGAUCGAGUCGACUGUCGAGUGAACUUCAUUCGUUCAUACUCCUAUUAGCAUAGCAGAGCAGAGCAGGUGUACUGUUGUGCAAAAGAAACCCCUAUCCCUAUCCCUAACCCUAUCCCUAUGGUUAUGUUCUCUUCGUUCCGAGUAGUACUGUAAAUGGCAUCCACUCUUCUCUCUAGAACUCUCUUGGCUCAUCGCUUCCUUCAAUCUUCUUUCUCUCUCACUCCCAAGCCCCAAUUUUUCUCGUCUUUCUUCCCUAAGAGACCGUCUCACUUUUGUGCUUCGCCUACCUACUUGGUGUAUAAGACCGCUGGUCUUGCAUCUUGCGCCACAUCAUUUUUUGGGUCAAAAGCUUCUCUUUCAACACAAUCUAUGUCGUCUAAUGAACCUGUUGUUUCCGUUGAUUGGCUCCAUGCUAACCUCAAAGAGCCUGAUAUGAAGGUGUUGGAUGCAUCCUGGUACAUGCCAGAUGAACAGAGGAAUCCACUUCAAGAGUAUCAGGUUGCCCACAUUCCUGGUGCCCUUUUCUUCGAUGUAGAUGGAAUAUCAGACCAAACCACUAAAUUGCCACAUAUGUUACCAUCAGAAGAAGCCUUUUCUGCUGCUGUUUCAGCCCUUGGUAUUGAGAAUAAAGACGGCGUGGUUGUUUAUGACGGAAAGGGAAUUUUCAGUGCAGCUCGAGUUUGGUGGAUGUUCAGAGUAUUUGGGCAUGAUAGAGUCUGGGUGUUAGAUGGAGGACUUCCCAGAUGGCGUGCUUCAGGAUACGAUGUUGAAUCUAGUGCUUCUGGUGAUGCAAUUUUAAAAGCAAGUGCUGCCAGUGAGGCAAUAGAGAAAGUAUAUCAUGGACAAGCUGUUGGCCCAAUUACAUUUGAAGCCAAAUUUCAGCCACAUCUCGUCUGGACUCUCGAACAGGUGAAGAGAAACGUUGAGGACAAAACACAUCAACAUGUAGAUGCCCGUUCAAAGGCUAGGUUUGAUGGGGUUGCAGCAGAGCCUCGAAAAGGAAUAAGAAGUGGUCAUGUACCAGGAAGCAAGUGCAUUCCUUUCCCACAGAUGCUUGAUGGAUUGCAGACACUUCUACCCUCGGAUGAGCUUAAAAAGAGAUUUGAUCAAGAAGGCAUCACUUUGGACGGCCCUGUUGUAACUUCAUGUGGCACUGGUGUAACUGCUUGCAUUCUUGCCCUGGUGAAGUUUCCUCUGGUUUCAUAUGUUUCCUUGCCACUAUAUUACAUUACAUCUUCCUAUUCCGAGUAUCUCUUAUUGUUUAGUUUAGUUCCACACCGCUGCGUCCUAAUAAAGUACCUUCACAAAUGAGAGUAGUUGAGACUAUUAUGGGAUCUUUUCGUGGAAAAUAAGUUUGCCAUAUGUAGUAUAGUGUCAUUGUACAGGAAUUAUAAAGAGAGAUACGAGUACAUCGAAGAUAUGAGAUGAACUUAUGAAAUUGAACACCUGUGAUUGUGAAGUUGGGGUUCUGCCCAAAAGAAUAAAGAAGAUUAUUCUUCCGUGAAAGAUGUGAGAUAAAGAUCUCUUUCUCAUCUUUACAGGGUCUUCAUCGACUUGGGAAGACUGAUGUUUCAGUAUAUGAUGGGUCAUGGACAGAAUGGGGAGCACAUCCAGACACGCCUGUCUCCACUUCGUGAAUAUGUUAUUGCAACAAUAUCAGAUACUUUGUCGGCGACAAGCACAGUGUGAGCUUGCCUUGUUUAAUGGUGUUAUCAGGGAUUUCUUGACAAAUGAAUUAUCUGGUUGUUUUUUUCCUUUGACAGUGGAACGUUUUUUAUGUGGUCCCAUAAUCAAACUCUGAAUAAAAUGAAAUUGUCGGAGUACUUGUCAAACA